AUGAGUCUCGAUCAGCACAUGCUUGGAUCGACGGAUUGGCAUCUCCUCCCCAGUCCUUCCUCCACUCCCAAGUCGGUGACGUUUCCCGACUCGACACUCAAAACGCCCAGGACCGACGGGUUUGCUCAUCAGUCCUACUUUCUUGACGCCUGGGCAACACCCCGAGUCAUCGGGCACCACACCCCAGCACACACACCCUCGUACUUGCUAUCGACCCCGAACGACCGUCCAGCAAGCUCGCACAGCCUAAAGGUUCGCACGCCUGAGGACCCGGAAUUCCAUGUCAACCAUUUCGCUCCCAGCAAUCUCGCCUUGCCUCCCGUCGAACCUCAACGACGAUUGUCGUCGUCGCCGGAUCCAAACUCGCUAAGGAAAAUUGGACUAAACCAGCAAGGCCAACGGCCGCUCUCUGGUCCUGUCAAGAUGGACUUCUCGCAGAUGCAGACACCGCCUCCGACAAGAGAUGCUACCUCGAGGCCGGAUCUGCAACAGAGCGUCGGCAACCAGAACGCCACUCCAGCAACGGUAAUACGAAGGACACCCCUUCAGCACGUACCGACAUCAGGUGGCAUCUUUGACCAAACCCCAUUUGGAUAUGCAGACGUACCCUUCUCGCCCAGUAUGAUGCCAUUUGCCAAUGCCGGACCCUUGUCGGCACCGCCAAUGCCCCAAUCUAGACUGUUCUGGGACUCGAAUGACAGUAGCCAGAUGGACUUGGAUAUGCCCGCAUCGUUAGACCCAUUUGGCCCUACACCCAACAAGCUUCAAGGCACCUUGGGCUGGCAGACUUUCCACACUCCUGUUGUUGAACAGAUGCAAGCUCAGUUCCAGCCACUGCUGAACAUGUCAUCUACGGCCCCCAUGGCGUCCUUUGGUACAAGCACAGCAGAAGAGGGUCAAAACUCAAGGCCAAGCUCGUUCAUUGCGGGUGUCGACCCAAGCAUGCUCUUCAGUUUCACAACCCCUGAUGACAUGACCGCUUCAUUUGGCAACAUGCCUCCACAGGCCAUCUUCAAGCCGAACCGACAGCCAUAUGAGACUCAGAUGCUUGAUUUGAGACGUGAAAAGGAGAUGGCAAAGAAGCCGAGAAGUCUGCAUUCCCGUAGCAAUACUAAUUCGUCCUCUGGUUCGAUUGAAGACAACAGGCCUACCUUACAACGCAGUAACACCGACGGCGGCUUUCGGAGGACUCGGCCAGUGAACCCAGAGCGCAGGUCGUCAGCAGACACCAGUGCAGCCAACCAUAUUCCACGCCGGUCGUCGCCUUUAAAACGUGCAAACAGUGGUGCCCUCAAAGUCAUACCCGAAAUCAUUCGGCGGCCACGUACGCGACUGAUCAUCGAUGAGACGGGCCGAGCUCGCACGGAGACUGUAUCGGCCGAAGAGGAAGACACCACGCCCAGAGACAUGCGCAGAACUUCCCAGACUUCCAUGCGACACCAAUACCCAGCGCUGUGGGAAGAAGGUGACACCGAGUCAGACUCGGACGAGCCGCAACCCGCUCUGAGCCGCAAUACCUCCUUCAGCAUACCACAGCCACAGCCACAGCGCCGUACAUCGAAGCACGCCAGGACUGAGAGUAACGAACUGUCGAGGAACAACUCCUUCAAGAUGGCCCGGCCUUCCUCCAGAACCACGUCAAGAGCUUCUUCGGGUGCGUUCGACAAGGCAUCUUUUGACUCCGUAAAGACGGCAAGGCCACACAGCCAGAAUGCUUCACGCAGAAUCAGCAUGGUCGAUGUCCAUACCACAUCAUCACUCAGCAACCAAGCCAGCAGCCAUAACCUGAUGCCUGACUCGCCAGGUGACGCUCUAGGCGCUUUGAAGAGGGUGGUUGGUAGUCGGCAGGAACGCAUUGAACGUGCCUCUCAGAACACUCUGCAGGCGCACAAUCAACGCUGGGCACAAGCCUCCGCCGACUUCACCAAUACCACUACACCUCACGGCCACGGUCGCUACGAUCCAUUCACCAACUCCUUCAACGGCUCGCCUAGCACUGAAGGACUUACAACACCAUCUACAGACCGCAGCAGCCUUUCAUCUGACAGCACACGCUGUGUCUGUCAUGGCACAGACGAGAGCCAGCCAAUGGUGCAGUGUGAAAGCUGCAGCAAGUGGCUGCACAUGGGUUGUCUCGGACUGAAACCGAGCACCCUCCCUCCGGUCUAUGUGUGUGUUUUCUGCACAGGCCAGACGCCUCUCGCAAGGGGCGGGCGCACCAGGGGUCCUCUACCCUUUGACUCGCCGCUCACCCACAAGUCGCUCUUCCGUCGAUAG